CACGACGGACCAAGAUUUCUGAACUGGUGCAGGUGAGAAGAAGAACAGGUGUCACCCGACCAUUCCGUGUACAUAUAGAGAAUUGUUAUAUAUACCAGCUGUUGGCCGUUCCUGUCUAGUUGGUCACAACGUCUGUCUGCCAUUCGCCGAAGUGAGAAGUUGCCCACAGGAAUGUCACACGCCAUCACGUGUUUGUGGCUGUUUGCGCUGGUGCAGCUUGUUGCACUGGUGAUCGUCAGUGUUGUUCAGCAUUUCAAUAUGGCUAACCUGCUUAAGAGCGAGAAUGAAGUUCGGGGGAUGCUGGUGGAUCUCAUCACAAGGAAGAUUGCGGAGUCCAGCUUGGAACAUACUAAUGUGCCUCACCCCCCGGAACAUGGCCGGAACAAGCGACAAGUGGACAACAACCUCCAGCUGACCGGCUUUGAGUUCAUCCUGAGAGAAAUGCUUGCAGCACAGGAAAAUGUGAUUCAGAACCAUUGCAACAAUGCAACCAAGGUAUGCCCACAAGGAUCCAAAGGGGAGCCUGGCAUUCCUGGAACCGAAGGGCCGCCAGGGUUCAAGGGAGAGCCUGGGAGAGCGGGAGUCAAAGGUGUUGCGGGAGCAGCUGGCAUGAAGGGUGUUCCUGGCUCACCUGGUCUUGACGGGCCCGUUGGCGCUGCCGGAAAUGCAGGAGCAACUGGAGCUGGUGGGCCUCCGGGAGAUAAGGGCCGCAGAGGAGAGAAAGGAGAAAUAGGACAUCAAGGUCCGGCUGGUGCAGAGGGCGCUGCUGGAGACAAGGGUGAGGUGGGUCCUGUUGGACCACAAGGCCCCCAGGGUGCAAGAGGAUCAGUAGGCCCAGCAGGUCCAGUAGGCGACGUGGGACCAAAGGGACAGCAAGGGCCAAGGGGCCCAGCAGGUCCAGCUGGAGAUCCAGGAAUGGUGCAGAAUGUUAACUGUGAAUGUCUAAAAAUGCCUAAAAUUCGUGAAUUCGCAUCCUCCAUUGCUGUCGCUUUGGGCUCGCCCUUCCAUCUGACCUGCGAAGCAGAUGGAAACCCAUCACCCAGUGUCCAUUGGUCUGGUGGCACAGGGAAUGUUUUAUCCAUUGACCACAUACAGGAUCAAGACCUUCAUGCCUACACAUGUACAGCAAGAAGUACUCUUGGUCUGGACACCAAGAGUGUUACUUUGACAAAACCAUGAGCAUGCCUUGUACAGAUUCAAAGGAAAUGAGCACACGCAUAUUUUUAUUAGUUUCAACCUCAACUCUCGCUAUACACCUCUGUGUCCAUGACAGUACCAUAAGUAACAUUGACUGAAACAAAACAUGGCAGAUUCUCGCAAAUGUAUGACAGAGUAUUGACACUUCCAUAACUUGGCCUGACCAGCAUGGCUAAAGAAAGAAAAAAAGGAAAUAAAUCCAAACUCAUUUGUUUUUCAAGCAAAACCUUA